UGAAAUUGGUCCGAGAUCUCAGACGUAGAAAAAAAUUAACAAAUCACAUUUGAACAAUUUGAUUACAUGACCAUUGCGAUUGGUCAAUUUUUUCUUCAUCUGAAGUCUCGGAUCAAUUUCUAGUAUCGUGGACAUAAGGCUUUAAAAAUGGGAUUAACAGAUUUUUUUAACCUGAAUAGUCGACUUUUAACGAAUAUCUCGGUUUGCGGGGCAGAGCGACGCUUUUUCUGUUAGAUUGUUUCGUUUCAUGCAGAAACUCGUCGAAUAAUCUCAAUUUUAUUGAUUUUUGGACUGCGGAAGUUAAACUGUACAAUUACCUUUUAUUUAUUUUUAUGCAAAAACGCAUCGAAUGAAUGUAUUUUUAUCAAAAUUCGAGGGCAGACCAUCGCAUUUUUCUAUCGGAUUCUAUUGUUUCGAAUAAAAACGCGUGUUAAAAAUAUUCAGCUGUGUACAUGGAUGCAUUACAACUAAGAAAUUUUAAAGAUUUUCUUUUGCUGUACAACCAAAUAUCUGAAAUGUGUUUCAAAAAAUGUGCAAAUACUUUUCUGUCUCGAGAAAUUACUUCUGAUGAAGAGCUCUGCAUAAAUAAUUGUGUACAGAAAUACAUCUACACUAAUCAUAAGAUGAUGGAAAUAUUCAUGGAAGUACAACCUAGAAUGGUGCAUAAAAGAAUAGAGGAGAUAAACAUGGCUCAAACAGCAGCAUUAGAAGCACAAGAUCAGCAAGUCAAAGUGGAAGAGAAUCUACAAUAAUACAUCUUUAUCAGUUAUGUGCAAUAUAUUUUUUAAUUUGUCAAAUACUUCUAAUUUAUAUUGCAUCAUAAAUUACAGAGAUCUGUUGAAAUAUAUAUAAAAUAAUAAUUUAAAAACAUUUCACAAAA